AUGGAGGUGGUGGGUCUCCUGUGUGUGGCAGCGGUGGUCCUGGCGUCGGGCUUCUUCUGGGUUUGGGACUCCUCAGAACGAAUGAAGAUUCGGGAGCACGCAGACCUGCUGGGAGCCGGAAACCGGAGUCUCUUGGUGGUCGCGCACCCCGACGAUGAAGCCAUGUUCUUUGCUCCCACAGUGCUUAGCUUGGCCCGCCUGAGACACCAGGUUUCUCUGCUGUGCUUCUCUACAGGAAAUUACUACAAUCAAGGAGAGAUUCGUAAGAAAGAACUUUUGCAGAGCUGUGAUGUUUUGGGGAUUCCACCCUCCAGUGUAAUGAUUAUUGACAACAGAGACUUCCCGGAUGACCCCGGAGCUCAGUGGGACACAGAGCAGGUGGCCAGCAUCCUCCUCCAGCACGUGGAAGUGAACAGCAUCACCCUGGUGGUGACCUUCGAUGCGGGAGGAGUAAGUGGUCACAGCAAUCACGUGGCUCUGCACGCGGCCGUGAGGGCCCUCCACUCGGAAGGGAAGUUACCUAAAGGGUGUUCUGUGCUCACACUUGAGUCUGUGAACGUGCUGCGCAAGUAUAUCUCCCUUCUGGAUCUGCCCUUAUCUCUGCUUCAUAUCCAGGACGUUCUCUUCGUGCUCACCAGCGAAGAAGUGGCUCAGGCCAAGAGAGCCAUGUCCUGCCACCGCAGUCAGCUCCUCUGGUUCCGCCGCCUCUACGUUCUCUUCUCCCGGUACAUGAGAAUCAACUCACUGCACUUCCUCUGAAGCCUUGAAGAGUGUUCAGAUCCAGGACGCUGGGGGCCUGGCCUGAAGCUGGCAUAUCUCCCUGAGCCAAAGGAGAUCCUGGCUAGAGCACCCUCUGUGAAAGGGCAGCCCUGUUUGCCCACAGGCAGUCUAAACUUCAGCUUCUUCCCCUGGGGAAAAAACACAACAAACAAAAAUAAACCAACCCAAGGAUAAUAAUAGCCACCCUGCUAGUGGCUCAAGUUCUUAUGAAAAACAAUUUGCAAAAUGAUAUAGUGUAUGUCAAACACCUAGCACAGAGCCUGGGCAGGUUGCUGUUAUCAAAAAUGAAUAUAAAAAUGCUCUGAAAACAUCUUACAGAUGCAAUGCCAAAUUUUUAAAAUGUUUCCAAAACGGGCUCACCAAAAACACAUAGACACAAUGCAAUGAAUUAGUUCAGCAUAAUUCUUUUGAUUUUUCUUUGUGGCCUAUUUAUCAGAACUUGAAUCUAGGGAAAACGUGCUCUAUUUAAUACCACAGUCAUUGACUGAAGCACUCAAGUGGCAAUCACUGUGGUAGGCACUGUCUUACACAGAGAUAAUUACAUGGGCCCUGCCCUCAAGAAGCUUACCGUCGAAUAUCUCAGCUCUCAGUCUUUUGAGAAAAGUAGGAAAUAGAUCUGGAACUUAUUUUUUAAACACUCAAGAACCUGAUGUCUUCAAAUUGUCAUACAGACAACAGCUCUCUGUGAGGUCUGACUUGGAAGCUACUCUCAGAGUGCAGCUGGUGGUCCAAGGAAGUGGCCUGAGACAGGGAAGCUCAGUGGUGGAGAGCACAGGCUGGUCACCUCAUUUGAAGCCAGAGUGACAGCAGUGUAACCUUAGGCAAGGUACUCAACCUUUCUCUGCCUCAAUGCUUUAAUCUGUAAAGUGGGAGAUAAUAAUGGUCCCAGCCUCUGAGAACUGAAUAAGAUGACACAUGAAGGUGCAUAGCAAAGAAACGUUAGCUGCUGCUGUUCUUCCAAGACCUAAAGAGUUAACUAGGCAUUAAGCAAAGAGACUAGCAUAUCUGAAAGUCCUAGACAGAAAUGAUGUCGGACGCACUGCCCAGUGACUGUUCCCUCUACCUGUCAGAUGAGGCCCUGAAUUGUUUUCUCCAAGCAAGUCAGACCCAUACUUGUUUAGUCUCUCCACCCAAAACUGGGCCACUUUGCUCAGUAUCAUCAUUAUCUUGAAUUCCUCCUAGGGGCCAUGUGAGGUUGACAGCUAUUCGGCCCUGAAGUUGGAAUCGAAAAUGCAAAUCUGGCUGUGUGAUUUGCCUACUUAAAAAUUGUCAGCUCCUAAUAGCCUUCACAUGAAAGUGUGACCACUGUGAAAGCAUGCCACUAAUACUGGCUAGAGUGUGGCAGAACAGACUGACUUCUGUCCUGCUACUAGGAAGACAGACACUGACCCAGCCUUUCUAGACAGCAAUCUCAAUAUGUAUUAAGAGCUGUUAAAAUAUGCAUACUCUUUUUUCUUUUUGGCUGCUCGCUGAUGCAGUCAUCCUAACC